AUGGACGCUUCUGGUUGCAUUAUUGCUGAAAAAGAUUCAAUACCGAUGAAACUGUGGCAGCACGCUGAUACUGAUGGUAAACUGCAGUAUUCGUUAGUACCGAUGUUAAAAAACGUCCGUAAAACUGAUGGAAGCAUAAAGGUACUUAAUGUAUUGGCUCCUAUUAAAGUCGAAAAUAUUGGGAAUCAACAGAGCAAUAAGAAAAUUAGCGGAUGUGGCGUCAGUAAUUGCAUGAAUUCUUUAAUGCGUUUGCACAACGUAGUCAUCGAUAGUUACACUUGUAACAAGUGCAAUAUGAAAUUUCCCAUGCAGUCUAUGCUAAAUCGCCACAAAAUAACACAUAAUAUGCAUUCAUGGCUUCAAGAAGGACGCCUGAAAGAAAAGUACAUGCUAUAUUUAAAGACGAAUGUUCGAAGACCAUCCAAGCAAUUGAAGAUGCGUUUACAGGAAGCAAAAUACGGGAGCAAAUAUGUAUUUUACGUUUGUACUUUUUGCGAUUUUGAUUGUAAUAGAUUGGCGACUUUGGAUGCGCAUGUAAAGAAGAAACAUAAGAAAGAAGUGGCUAAAACAAAUCCUAAGAAGCUCAAUUGUACGAUUUGUAAUUAUGAAUGUUUGAGUGAAACGAAUCUAAACAUGCACAUGCGCAAGCACAGAAACAAGAAUACGAUGAGUUUUGUUUGCAAUGUGUGUGAUUUUGAAUGUAAAAGAAGCACUACUCUAGCAUCACACUUGGCACAAAAUCAUAAGAGAGCUAAGAAAAAUUUGAAGAAGACUAGUCCAUCAGCUUGUUCGUACAAUCGUGGAACGGCUCAGACUCCUGUGUUAAUCUUGUCCGAGGAUUCUAACUUAAUAAUUAAAAAGGAAGUUAGUGUUGAAGAUAGCAAUGAAACAUCGGCGAUUGCUACUGACGUUCUGACGAAAUCUAAUCAGAAAAAACCAUCCGUUGAAGAACAUUGCGAUCUCUGUGAUUUUACGUGCACAAAAAAAAGCACGCUAUACUCUCAUAAACGCCGGCACAAAGUGGAGGACGUCAACAAGGUGUACGCAUGCAACGAAUGUGGAUUCAAAACCGUCAAGAAGUCAUCGCUGUACUCUCAUAUCAAGCGAAAGCAUAAACAGUCACAGUCGUGCGAUGGCGAUGUGCAGCCGGAACUAUUUUAUUGUAACCAAUGCGAUUAUAAGAAUAAGAACAAGUACGAAUUGAAAAUACAUGUUGCGCGCAAGCACACGGAUGACUUCAAGUUUUCCUGCGAAACCUGUGGUAAGAAGUUCAAGGUUAAGGGCGAUCUGACAAACCAUAUACGUUUCAGUCACCGGGAGCAACCGGUGAUCUGCGAUGUUUGCGGCAAGACUUGUCUCAAUAGCAACUCUUUGUACGUGCACCAAAAGUUUGCACACUACAAGGCCAAGUACGAGUGUCAGAUAUGCAAAAGACGGAUGGUCAGCCAGGAGAAUCUCAACGAGCACAUGCUCAGACAGCACGAGCGCAGAGAGAACGUAGUAUGCGAAGAAUGCGGCAAGACGUUUUCGCGAAACAGUAGAUUGAAAGUACAUAUGAGGAUCCAUACCGGGGACAAACCAUACAGUUGCACCAUCUGCAAUAAAUCCUUUGCCCGCAGGACAGCUCUCAAGCAACAUCUACUCAUUCACACUGGCAUCAGGCCAUAUGUAUGCGAUAUCUGCGGCAAGGCUUUCACUCAGAAGCCGGGUCUGAUUAGUCACAGGAAGUCGCAUCCAGGUUCCCAUCCACCUCUGCCGCGCGUCCUUAUCGACCAUAUUUUGAACGAUGUUCUGAACGGUUGA